CACACAACACGUGCAAUGUCGGAUUCUAUUUACACUCAUGACUUUCUUUUAGAGCAGAGUUUGGAGAUAAAACAGGAGUCUCCCUUCGAAUUAGGCGCGAUGUCGGCAUCAGUUCCGAUUCCUCACAGGCGACCAGAACUCGGUGACUUUAAUGGAGACUUAGAUUUAUGUUUACAAGAUAAUCCAGUUGAAUCCUUUCACAGUGUUCCUACACUAUCAUACGGCAAACUGUCUUUUGAAGCUGACUCUUCAAAAAUGGAACCAUUUAAAAUGGAAGACGAUGAUAUAUUUCAAGUAGACAAAGCAGAUUUGAUACUGGGACCGACAUUGGCAGAAUUAAAUGCUAAUCCAGAUACUUCCCUGGAUGAUUUAAACUUUGAUGACUUACUCUUACCAGAAGAAAAUGGAUACUGCAUACAAAUUGGUGGUGCCAUGAGUGGUUCAAAACGUGCAGUAAAUACGAUGCAGACAUCAAAUAUGGCCACAGAGAGCCCAUGUAGUCCGUAUAGUCGUACUCAACUUGCUUUUUCACCGUCAAGUCAGCAUAGUUCAGCUUCAUCAAGUUUUGUUCCACCAAUAAACCAGUUACCAGAAUUGCUACUUCGUAUGGAUGGCUACAGUGGUGAAAUUGCUUUGGGCCAAUCAGUUCCUGCAUCUUCAGUUUUGCCACCUUUUCCAUCAAAUGUGAAAACACAACAGACACAGCUAUCAUCGUCUGCCCCUACACAUCUGACAAUGGAGCAGAUAUGGCAGCGAAGAGAACCACGUAAGCAUUUGCUAUCGACGAGUUCAUUGGCUGAAGCAGGCUCGGCAUCCUCUCUCUCUGGUGGUCUGCUAAGUCCGGCAACUGGUGAUUUCUCACAAGAUGAAGAUGAUAGAGAUAUUGAGUCUGAUGAAGAUAGUGACCGAUACGAAGAUCUUUCUUCUGAUGAAUCUAAUGACGAAUGUUCAGAACGAAAAGAAGCUAGACUAGCGAAAAAAGAAAAAUACUUUUGGCAGUAUAAUGUACAAGCUAAAGGGCCUAAAGGACAGAGAUUGAUAUUAAAGAAAAAAUCAGAAGAUCCGCACGUGUUAAAUUCCGUUACAGAUCCUGUAUUCAGUCCUAAUUGCAAUGUGAAAGGCAUAAAACAUAGUGGAAAAGCAAGAAAGGGUGACGGGAAUGAUUUAACGCCAAAUCCAAGAAAACUUUACUUAAUUGGUUUAGAAUUGGAUAAAUUGGGAAAAAUAAUAAAUGAUAUGAUUCCAGUAAGUGAGUUGCCAUUUAAUGUUAGACCAAAAACUAGGAAAGAGAAAAACAAACUAGCAUCUAGAGCCUGCAGAUUAAAGAAAAAGGCACAACACGAAGCAAACAAAUUAAAACUAUAUGGCUUACAGCAAGAACAUCGACGACUUAUCAAUGGUAUCAAUCAAAUGAAAGAAAUCGUUAGUAAUAGGGUAACAAAUCCUGGAAAUAACGUGGACUGGACUUCACAUAUUAAUGGCUUAGUUGCCACAGCAACAGAGGUAAAAAUAGCUGGUAAAACUUCAGAGUUCGUUAACAAGAUAUUGGACAAUGUAAAAGCAGGACAAAAUAACGGUGGUUUAAACGACAUAUAAAAGUAUUGUACAGAUUAACGAAUAUUAUAACGAAAGGCUGUUUUAUGUACCUCCAAAGCUAUUUAGAGAAAUCUUUUAUCUCAUAUAAAGGCUUAAUUGUCAAAGACAAUUUUAUUUUUAUAUGAAUUGAAAAUAGAUUUAAUAAUUAGAAAUAACACAAGGCAACUAACAUAUGUAUGUUGAAAUAAUUCUCAUAAUAUCUUUAGUUAAUAGUACAUUUUUAUGUCGUUUUGUCAAAGUAAUUUAAGAUUUAUGUUUAUAUUAAUAUAAGAGAUAUAACUUGGUCGAUAUAUGAGACAAACCUUUAAUUAAGUUAUAAUUAUUGUUGGCAUAUAACAACCAUGCUAGUAAAUUAUUUUUUUAUUAUUUGUUGUAUAUUGAUAAAGUCAAUUGAUCAUUAAAUGUUCAGUUAUUAUA